AUGCCUCCCACUGAAAAAGACUCCGAUCUCAGGAUAUCAUCCCCUAAUCCAGCCACUGCACGUACGAGCGAGAAUGUGUUUGCGAAUCUCAACAACUUGGAGCACUGUGCUAAGUAUUUGAACAAUACCCUCGUCACAUUUGGCUUCCCUGCUUCCCUCGAUCUCUUUGCAAAUGAUCCAGUUUCUGUAGCACGAACUUGCAAUUGUAUAUACGCCUUGUUGCAGCAGAGGCAGAGGGAUGUCGAAUUCAGGGAGUCGGCCAACGAGCAGAGGCAACGACUCUUAUCAGACAUUUCAAGGUUGGAAGCCAGAAUCGAGAGACUCGAAUCACAAUUAUCUGGCAAAGAUAGGGAGAUAGCUUCAAUGACUAGAGCGGAAGCUAAAGCUACAGCAGCUUUCAAAGCCCAAAUCGAUAAGUUGCAGCAGGAGAGAGAUGAAUUUCAGAAGAUGGUCCUGGGUAAUCAGCAAGUCAGAACUCAGCAGAUUCAUGAGAUGAAGAAGAAGGAAAAGGAGUAUAUUAAGUUGCAGGAGAAACUUAAUCAAGUAGUAAAUGAGAAGAAGAAGGAAUCUAGAUCAGGCAUGGAAAUUAUGAAUUUGCUACAGAAAGAAGGCCGGCAAAGGGGGACAUGGAAUGCAAAGAAGGCUGAUACUGAUUUCUACAAAAAGAUUGUGGAUGCUUAUGAGGCCAAGAAUCAAGAAUUGGUUGCAGAGAAUGCCGAUUUGAGAGCAUUACUACGUUCGAUGCAGGUUGAUAUGCGUGAGUUCUUAAAUGCUCCAAACAGGAAGAAGUCUUCUCCUAACAAUGACAGGCCAGAUGCUGACCUGUCACAGUCCCCCUUGGGUGGAAGGACGGACAUGUUUGAUCUACCUCUUCACAUGGCCAGAGACCAAAUUGAAGAAAGCCUUAGGACAAAGAUGGCUUCAAUAAAGGAGCGCAUGGUUCAACUACAAGAUGCACAAAAGGAUGCAGAGGUCACUUCUGAAGUUACUGAAAGAGAACUAGAGCUGGAAGCACAGCUUGUUGAGGCAAGAAGCAUAAUUCAAGAGCAGGCAUCAAUAAUGUCUAAACACAUAUCUAAGUCCGAGAAGCCUAGGAGAUUAAGUGGAAAUUUCAAUUCUGACAGGAGCUCGAUAUUGUCAUCGCCAUGA